GCUGCAGGAGCUGUAGAGGAGAGGAAGGCAGGGGAGAGAUGGCCGCCUGCAUGCAGUGAGGAGUGAAGGACUGUACUGACUGUUCAGCGCUGACUGUAAGAGAGAACCAGAGCCGGGGAGAACAUGCUCCUGAAGAACACCGUGAUCGCCUCUGCGGCGCUGCUGCGAACACGGGCCGCUGCCUUCAGCUCGAGGAGCGGCAUGAGUGUCUCUCCGGGACAGGUUUACAGUAACCUCAGCCGGACCCGGACACCCGGCAGUAAUGAAAUCCUCACAAGCCAGGCCGUGAGACAGUAUGCCCGAGCAGCCAGAAGAAAGCCAGAAUUUCAGAGUCAGCUGCAAGACUUAUCGCCAUCAAUGCUGAAACAUGAAUAUGCUUCUGUUCCUGUUGCUAACACAGUGGAUGAUGUGGUGAAGAAGCUUCUCUCUCUGGAAUUUGCAAGCCAUAGUGAAAAACUCCGCCUGAAAAAGGAACAGCUGAUUGAGAAGGUCCAGAAGGAUGUUAAUGACCGCAGCUCCACGGAAGUUAAGGUGGCCAUGUUGACAGCACAAAUACGCAAUUUUCAAGAGCACUUACACAAACACCCCAAGGACAAAGCUAACAAAAGAUGGAUGCUGAUGAGCAUUGACCGCAGGAAUAAAAUUCUAAAAGUCCUGAGAAAGACCCACUAUGAAUCUUUUGAGAAGGUUUGUCAAGAGCUGGGCAUCACAUAUACCUUCCCUCAAGAGUACUACAGACGAACUACUCAACGAUGGCUGGCCAAGAAGGCCCUGUGCAUCAAGGUCUUUAAAGAGGUCCAGAAGCAGAAAGCAGAACAGAGAAAUAAAAUGAAGUUGAAUCAGCAGAACAGUGAAGCACCAAGCACUACAGGUGCCACAGGAACUGCAGUAUAAUUUUACACAACAAAUGUAAAAGGCUAAUCAUACAAAGGAAGCAAAGCUAAGAACUGAUUACUUAAAGUUCCGGCAGAAGUUUAUUUGAACAUUUACGUUUAUUACUCUCAACUGUAUUUGAUGUCCUUUAAUGUUUUAUUUGCUAAACCUGUAUCAAGACUUCCCAUGCACUCUUCCAAGUGAAUUAACCUUGUCCAUCUAUCCACAUUACUAAAUAAAUAAAUUGUGCUGUCUCA